CUCGAUUAUCCAUAUUUAGCCUCUGUUGAGUCACUUUUUAUCAGAUACAGGGGAAACGAUUGCGCAGAAUACUCUUUUCUUCUUCCGUUUAUUGAAAAACGUUCCAGGCACAUAUGGUCAGCAAAAGAAAUCGGACCCGUCGGUUGCGGGGAAAUCCAGGGCUGAAAGAUCACUUCAGGGAAGAUGCUGCCAGGAUCUUGGUAGAUCAAAUCGCUGGUACCCAAUUGAGGCUUUGGGUGUGUCUUACGUUCCCGUUGACCUCCGACGCCUUGCAUCCCGUGCCCGCAUUCCCAUUUCGUAAACCUCCUUUCCACUGCAGAGUUCUACUAUUUAGCUUCUUGGCCCCUACUUGGCAGUUGAUCUCUUUGGUGCUCUUCGAAUAUCUUCCUUUUCGUUCCAAAGUUUUUCUCUUUAGCCUCUUGGCAGCUGAUCUCUAUGGUGAUGUUUAAACACCACCUGGCAGAGGUGAAUAGUCUGUGAACAUUUAACUAACAGUCACAUAAUGGUCGAGAAUGACGCCCAAACACUUGGCGCAAGUGUGCGCAAUUA